GUUUUUUUUAAAAAAUUAUUUUUCAAAUGAUGUAAUAAUCUUUAAUCAAUGAUUUCAUUACAUAAUAAAAUACAAAAUAAUCAUUCAAAACAUAUCAGAUUUAAUAAUCAUUUAUCAUUUUCCCCAUUGAUUAUAACAAAUCAAUAUCCAUCAGAUUUCAAUGUGAAUUGUUCAUCGAAUUUAAUCAUUAAUAAUAUUGUAAAUUUAGAUACAAUAUUUCAUUUAUUACAUCAUUAUGAUAAAUCAUUAUGGAAUAAACAAAAUCUUAAUAAAAACUUUAAACACUAUUCAAUUAUUUCUAAGAUAUUCAAUUUAAAUAAUCCUCUUUAUAAGAAUUUAUUGUAA